UGACAACAUGGCCCUUUCGCUCAGCGCCGACGUCCUUGGGACGAUCGCCACCUUCGUCGCAUGUCCCUACACGUUCCAAGCCCUCGUGGAGCUCUCGCCGUACGAAGAGCUCGGCGACCCGCUCCAAGCCUUUGUCACUCUCGCGCGCUCCGUGCCCGCGGCGUACCUCUGGCCUCGCCUGCGCUGCGACGCCCUCACGCCGGACGAGCUCGCAUCUGUCGGCGCCUUCGCCUCGCUUCGACCACUGCUGUGCUUUGGUGGUAUUCCGCGAGCCAACUACGCCUUCCUGGAGGAGGCGCGCAUUGUUUUUACCAAGCCCGUGUCGCUGGCGGUCGCCGCCGCGCUACUGGGACCCAACGUCGAUGAGAUGUCGCUGGUGCUAGACCAGGCGGACGAUCCAAGCGAUAUCGCAGCCUUUCUCGAGGCAUUAGCUGCGACACCGCGACUGCGCAAGGUUCAAUUUCGCCUUGGCGCCACUUUGGUGCCACGCCUCGUGACGCCGCUGCUUCACGGGCUCUUCCAGCAUCCGAGCAUCCGAGACGUGGCCAUCGAUGGAUCUACCUGGGAGACAGUCCCUUCGUUCGUCAUGGACUUGCUCCUCGAGUUGCUGCAGCAGCCGCGCAUAGAAGCCUUCGCGCUUCGCGGUAUGGCUUCUCAAGGGGAGCUCUUGGACGCACUUCGAACCUCGCGACUGCGCAGCAUUGACUUUGUGCGCCAAGGCAACCUCAGCGAUCGACUACCGUCGUCGCUGCGACACCUCAAACUUAAAUCCAAGUUUGGCGGCGCAUGGCAGCCUGCCGACGUCCUCGACGGCGCUCGGCUCACGCAUCUCGAGCUACUCGGUGCGGCUGCCACCAGCUUCACGACCGAGCCCACGGACCUCUGCUCCGCGCUCCGAGCUAUGCCGGCGCUCGAGUACCUCGCCAUUGACCACGUAUCUGCAUCUGACGCCCAGAGCUUGGCCGAGCUCUUGCCGACGCUCGGUCACCUCGAGGAGCUUCGCCUCGACUGCGCAACGCUCUCGACAGCGCACCUUGCAUUUCUCGCGCGCUGCCGCCGCCUCCAGCGCGCCGCCUUGCGCAACGUUGCUUGGGACCAUGCUCGCUCGUGGGAACAUUGGAUCGAUGACGCAGUCUCCCCCGCGCUGCGCCAUCUGUGCCUCGCAGGCCACGCGAUGCCAACGGCCGAGAUCACUCGUCUCUUCCGCGACCUCUGUCCUCGCCUCGUAGUGUGCUGUCUGAGCACAAACGACCGCUGUGCGCUUCCGGACAAGGAUGCUUGAAGCUGCAAUUUGAUGUUUACUCGGUAACAUUUACUCACGAAUUAUGGACAACUUGUAUUUUGUACACAGAUGGAGCGCUUCUGCAGGCUACUCUCAAGCAGCUGUCUUUUGCUUCUUGCACGUCGACGG